AAAUUUUGUACUCAAAAAGUGCGAAAUAAGGAUAGACGUAGUCACUGUUUUGCUUCUAAUAAACAAAGUUGUUUACAUUUUAUGAUGUGUGUUGAUGUGAUUUACCGUCUAGAGUCGGUGCAUGCAAUUUCUUAAUAUUUGUGACGCAGUUGUCAUUUGAAUUACAAUCGAAAAACAAUGGGACGUGUAAAUCAAUUAAUUGAAGCGAAAAAAGCCGAAAUUUCUACAUUAAAAGAUUAUCUGCACAUGUCGAACCGUCAGAUAGGAAAGGAAAUAAAUAGAAGUGAAAAAGUUGUGCGAAGUUUCCUUCGAAAUCGUGAAAACUACGGCCAAAACUAUAAAACUGGUCGGCCAACAGUGGUUUCUGCAGCAAAAAGCGAUGAUUUCGACUCAAAUUCGAUCAAACUAGUAGUUGCUCCAGAACCGGUCCAUGAACCAAGCAUAUCUGAGCCUGAUGGUGGUCACAUAUUUUUAGAAAAAGAAAUGCACAACGAUGAUACUAGAACUGGUAAAGGUGCAUAUUCGUUCACGGCCAUGGAUGGACAGACGUAUUGGAUAAAAUAUAACGUUGAUGGAAAUGGAUUUCAUCCAAACGACGAUGGGCCACAAAAUUCCAACUUAAAUGAUGCUCUUGAUUAAAUAUGAAUAUGAAAAGAUCUCGGCUGGGUUGGAUAAUAAUUUCACAUUUCUGAAUUCGGACAGUGUAAAUCAUAUAAACAAAUUAAAAAUGUUAUUUUAACAAA